GUACAUGAACCCAAAAACGUAUUUCUUUUAUUGUCGCUUAAUACAGCGUUGUCGUUUUCAUUUGUCAGGACUAAAUUGGAAUUUAUCAUACCGACCAGGACAAUAAAUAAUUUAUUUACCUGCAAUAACAUUUAUUUAUGGAGUUAGAUGUCACAAUGCAGUUGAUUUAUUCUGAGAGACAGGACUUGAGACACCUGUAACAUGUGUUACGCUGACAGGACUUAUUUUGGCUGCAUGUGGAGCGCACAGACAACAACAUACUGAAGAAAGAAAAGCUUUUGUUUCUAUAUAACUUACAUACACAUGUUGAAAUGAUCUCAGAGGAGCGCAGCAGUCGCAUCUCUAAACAAACUGUGGGCUUUCCUGUUGGGUUAUUGAUCCGCUCACCCAAGAGACGCCUCGCGAUGCUGACCAGAAAGAGCAGCAAUGGAUCUCUACACUCCAACACAUCUGAUAGCACAGCUCGAUCUGUGGAGAGCACCGGAGUCAGGCAGCCGGCCAAGAGUAAGAUACGGCGACACAACAACAGGCUGACCACCGUGUUUAACCGAAGUCCCAUUCUGCGAGACGGUCGGCAAGGGCAGGACGGCAGAACGCUAGCAGGGGACAUGCAGGCAGCGGACGACCCUGCGGAGUUAUCCAUUCAGAAGUCUCUUCCAGGGAUCCUGAAGAUAUUUGGCAGUGACAUUUGUCAAGGGACAAACUACAAGAGUGUGCUGGCCACCAGUCACUCCAGCGCCAAGGAGCUGGUCAAAGAAGCUCUGGAGAGGUACUGCUUGGAAAAAGAAGACCCCAGUUUGUAUGUGCUCUGCGACGUGAUUGGUCGAACUGGAUCGGACAACGAGUGGAAGACUGAGUGCUUUCGGGUUGUCGGCGACCACGAGAAGCCGCUCAUGUUGCAGUCGCUAUGGAAACCCAAGGAAGGAUUCUCCAGGCGUUUCGAGAUCCAGAAACGAUCAAGUGUGGAGGCGCAGAGUGCCAAAGACACAGACAACAUCACUGCAGGCCUCAAUGCACAAGUCCGAAAGCUGCAGAACAACCGAUCACGGGUCACCUCGCUGUUUGUUAAUGGAACCGAUGAUGGUGCGGAUGCUUUAGGUAUCUGGAGGAGCUUGAGUGACAUGGACGUCUCCGCUGUAGGAAAGGACACCGGUGUGACCCGUACUGCUCCUCUGCAGGAGGAUCCAGAGGCAGAGGCUGAUAAAGAUGCUCACCGCCUCCACGCAGAAAAGGAAGAGACGGAAAGUAGCGAUGACAACACCACACAGUACUCCAUCCACCUGCCCUUUGAUUUCCCAUACUUCCUUCUGCUGCAGGGAUUCAACCACAGACAGGACUUUCUGAUCUAUCUGAUGAGCGGGAACAUUUGCGUCUUUGGCUCCUCCUCUGAAUCCACCACUUGUAGUGAUGAGGACACCCUGAAGGUGGACAUCUUACUUUUCGCCCCUGAUAUCCAGCCCCAGCACUGCCGCAUACAGCGUGUGAACACCGCUGACCAAACCAAGACCUUAACCAUGCUCAAACCCCUCCACGGGGCUUUCGUUACACACAACGGUGUCCCCCUCGAAAGCGAGGUCGAGUUGUGUCCAGGAGACCUGGUGGGCCUCGGUCAGCACUAUCUCUUUAUGUUCAAGGACCCCACGGACUCGGGCGUCUUCCAGACUCCAUCCUGGAUGGCCACACUUUGCCCCCCCGCCACGGUGUCUCCCUGUAAACUGUGCGGGACCUCCGUGAGGAGGACGAGGCCUCGGAAAGCGGCCGCCCGCUGGAGGGAUUUGGAUGGUAGGGUGGUGUCGCUGUCAUAUCAGCUGCAGCAAGAAGAACAGGUACUGGAGAAGAUUCUCAGCACGGUGGACGCUGAAGGAGAAGAACCUAAACUGACUUCAGCGUUUCUGAUGUGCCUUUGCAUUCAGCACUCCGCCACUGACUUUGAGUUGGUUCACCUCCGGAAAUUACUGCUCCGUAUUGCCAGUCAGAUCCAGAUCACCAUGUGGGAAAGAACAAAAGAACUCGCAGCUCUGCAAGCAGACACCGGCACCGGUGAUGUUUCAGCAGAGUUGAACAUGAAGGAUCUGAUCUCAGGUCUGCAGCCGCUGGUGCUGUGGAUGUCCAACUCAAUUGAGCUGCUGCACUUCAUCCAGCAUGAGGUUCCUCUGCUCCUAACAUGGAGAAAGCAGCACAAACCGGCACAAGACAAAGAAUGGUUGGAUUCGGAGAUUCAGUCCACACGGACCGCCAGCGAGGAAGCCAUGACGGUUCUUGAGGAAGUCAUCAUGUUCAGCUUCCAGCAGUGCGUCUACUAUCUCACCAAAAGUAUGUACGCUGUAUUGCCCGAGUUGUUGGACAGUAAUCCUUUCUCUGAGAGCGGUCAGCUGCGCAUGCCUGCGGGACUCCGUCACGUCCUGGAUGUUCUGAAGGCGGCUCUGCAUCUGCUCAACACUUUCCAGGUGCACAGCGAGAUCACGUCUCAGCUGCUGGCGUACCUGUUCUUCUUCACCAACGCCUCGCUCUUCAACGCGCUCAUGGAGAGAGGAUCUGGAGGGGGAUUUUACCAGUGGUCUAGAGGUGUGCAGAUUCGGGCUAACCUGGAUUUACUGAUGGACUGGAUUCAGAGCAUUGGACUUGGAAAUCUGGCCGCAGGCUUCUUCCAGAAGCUUUCCUCAGCCGUCAACCUGCUAGCCACUCCCAAAGAGACACUACUACAGACAUCGUGGUCGUCUCUGAGAGUUGAGUUUGUUCAUCUGAAUACGGCCCAGCUGCAUCAUAUGUUGAGAGAAUACAACACGGGCCGUGUGUGUCCUGCAUGCUGGAGUCCAUCUGCGGAGGAUACCACAGCUGCCUUCCAAACCUCUGAGAUCUUGGAGAGCUUUGACAGUCAUCCUCCACUAAUGCUGCCCAACAGCAGCUUUCAUCUGGAGCUGGGGAGUCCCAUCACAGAUCCAGGACUGUUUACACCUCUCCAGCAUCUGCAGGACUUCAUCCGGUCACUAUCAGACAACCAGACACAGUCUGAUCCUCAACCCACACAGGACUCCUGCAGUGAUCUGACUGAAGAGAUGCUGUCUGUCACACACUCACCCAACUGCCACAGUCCACACACAGAGUCUCAACCAAUCAUCAGCCAGGAUUCAGAACCAAAGGAUCAACAGCAUGUGUCCACGACACCUCCUCAGCUCCAGGCCUCUCACGCCAACCUGAGUUCAUGUGAGGCCGUCCUCACCCAGAAACUCAAGUGUCUGGAGCUUCACAACCGUCUGCCUGGAAACACAGACCUGGGUUAUCACAAGAGCCUGGCCCUCGACCCGUCCUGCCUGCUCACACCUCCCAACACCCCUCAGAGUCUUGACCAGGCCGAACUUGAAGCCAGUUUGAUGGAGCAGACAGCACGCCAAACCAGGAAAGAGAGCACAGAUCAAAGAACGGGGGAAGAUGAUGAUGAUGAUGAGAGAGAUGAAGUGUUCACUGUCGAGCUGAUGAAAGGACCUCAUGGUCUUGGGUUGGCGCUGGUGGAUGGAAUGAAAACUCCAUUGAGAAUGAGUGGCAUCUAUGUGAAGUCAGUAGUGCCAGAUUCACCGGCUGCCCUUAACCAGAGACUGAGAGUGGGCGACCGGAUCCUCGAUGUGAAUGGCAUCACCCUGGUGGGCAUGGACUAUCACAGUGGAAGGGAACUCAUCCGGACGUCGGGCGAUCUGCUUCGUCUACUGGUGGCAAAAACUGAAUCCAGGAGCAGUGCCAGGACCUGCAUCACCAGAUGUUGAGACACAAACACUCGUCUCGACGUUCAUCUGCACCUUUGAGCUCAGGACUUUAUCAUUGGGCUGAUCUUUCCUUACAGAUUCAUGCAUUCAUUCAUCUCUCAAGUACUGGAAGGAGUGGAGCAUGAUGCUUGCAACGCCAUAGGGUCAUGGGUUCAAUUCCCAGGGAAUACGUGAACUGAUAUAACCUAUACCUUGAAUGCAAUGCAAGUCGCUUUGGAUGAAAGCAUCUGCCAAAUAUAUGCAUGUACAUGUUUUUGCUGAAACCAAAGAAAAAGUGAUCCAGAAUGGAUCCAUUAAUUAUUGUUAUACUGUGCGUGUUGUUGUUUGUUGCUGCUGUUGACAAUCUCUCCGUCUGCCACCUUUAAACAGAACUUCAAGAUGUGUACCAGCAUCUAAAACAAAAAGAAUCGCUUGUUGAUACUUUUUUAGUACGUAAUUCUUCAACGCUGUCUUUUUCUAAUAUGAAAUGGUUCAACAGACAUUUGAAAGCAUUUGUUUACCAGUGUUUUAUUUUCAUGUAGUAUCUGUUAUUUCAGUGUUUGUGGUUCUGGUUUAGUGGGAAAUAGUUGUGGUCCAGACUGGGUUAUUUCAGCAUCCAUACAGCUCACACUGAGAGAGUUAAACUGACAUUUUACAACGUUGUAUGUUUUUUUUAAUAUAUUUCUUACAUUCAAAUGCUAGUGUAAAUAGUAUUAGUGAAGUACAUUAGUCUUUUUGGGCAUGAUCAUAUUUUUAGAAUUUUACUAGUGUCAUUUUCUCUGCUAAGUUACUUUUCACUAACUUCUCAAGUUAAAUUGAACUUUGUACCUGAUGUCAAUCAUAAAGUGAGAUACGUAAUCACUUUCCGUGCCAGAGAAACAGUGUUAUAUUGUGUCGUCAGUGUUACAGAUGGUCUUAAACAAAGCAUUGAUUUGUCAUAUUUAUAUGUGUACGUUUAUAAGUGUUAUACUGUUUUGAUUACUUUUGAAAGACAUCACUCAUCAUAAUAUUUAUAAUAUUGUCCAGACAAUCUAGUAACAAGACCUUAUGAAAUGGCUUUCUUUCACUUUUUCUUGUAUUUACUGUUAAGACAGGAAGUUGGUUGGAACUCUUUAAAAAAAGCUGAGAGUUUAAAGAUUCAACAUCUUUUUUGUUAUCUAUACUUUGGUACAAAUACAUUUUAAUUUUUUCCAUUCCUCUCGAGAAAGGCAUGAUAUAGAUAACAAUAAAUAAU